AUGAAUUGGGACAUAUCGAGCGAGUCGAUUGACGAUGAAGACGAUUAUGUGAUUAAAAUAUGUGAGAUGAUAAAUAACCAAUUUGGCGUGAUAAAGGCGAACAUCUUCAAGAAAUACUACAUGAGAAUAUGUCACGUGACUGUGAACAUGAUCAUUGAUGAGAUGUUUGAAACCAUUUUUAAGUGCAAAAAAAUAUCGGUUGAAGGCGCACAAAAAAUGCAAAUGGGGUAUUCCCAAAUCAAAAGCUCGUUACAGAAAUCGCCGACGAUUGAAGUGCAGAGCUGUAAAGAGACGGGGAAUAGAGAAGACGUUUUGUCAGAAACAGACUACGCGAUGCAAGUCAAAAAGUUGUUUUUGGUUAUUGAAAACACACUUAAGGUAUUGCAGUGCGAAAAUAAAGACACUGCGUUUGCAUUGUAUCAACAGCCCAACCCCAACCAGUCCGAUGAAUUGUUUAUAUCUAUAAAACAAUAUUAUUUAUAUAUUAUUACAGUUAGUUUCAUUUUGUUUUAA